AUCAACGAUCCCACCUUCCGUCCUGGCAACGCUCGAUCGACAUGUAAGCAUGGUCGCGAAAGGACGUAAGGCGACCAGCCGGAGCACUGCCCGACUGGGGCCGAGCGGCGGCAAUGAAGAGCGCGACAUUUACCAGCAGAUGCUGGCAGAGGCUGGUGUUUCUGCACAUGAGGAUGUUUCCUCCGAACCGCCUCUGAAACGGCGAAGAAGAACGGCAAACCACGAAGAUGAAAAGGUUUUGGACUCCGGGGCUUCAACUCAUGCAAAAGCCCAGGCGGCUGAUGGAUCCGCAAGUGAAGAUGAAGAUGAAGACGUGGAAUUCCAGGACGUGGUCAUCCCAGAACCUACGCUGCAGACACUGGAGCUGGACACGGAUGAAGAGGAUGAGGAUGACGAAGACGAGGAUGAAAGGAAUUUUGAGGACAUGGACUUUGCGAAGCCGCUGGGCGACGCAAAACCCGCCGAACCAGCUUCUUUGGAACUCAACCUCACGGCGCAGCAGUCCGCCACGAUGCCAGGCAGGGCCAGAGAGAGACGCAAGCCCAUCACCAGGGAGGAAAAAGAGCGCCGCAUUCAAAUCCAUCAAGUCCAUCUCUUAUGUCUCCUUUCUCACGUCUCGCGCCGCAACCGCUGGUGCAACGACACCAAAGUUCAGGAGUCUCUGCGCCCGCAUCUUGAUGCGAAGACGAUCAAUUACCUCAACCCAGGAUCCAAUCUGUCGCAGUUUGGCCAGGCGGAGAGCUUGAAGAAUGGGCUCAAGCAGGCAGGAAUCAUGUGGGAGAAUAAGUUUCAGAUCAAAGAGAGAGGGUUACGACGUGCUCUAUGGGCAGAGGAUCCAGCCCAACUUCAAGAUUAUGAGCCUCCAAGUGACAUGGAUUCGUGCCUAGACCGCAAAGACUUUCAGAAGAUGGCGAGAAAUCUGCAGGGCUCGCGUGAUGUCGGCGCACAGCUGUACUGCGCGCUGCUGAGGAGCAUAGGCGUCCGGGCAAGGCUGGUCUGCUCACUUCAGCCGCUUUCUUUUCACUCGAGCGCGCCGUCGCUCCCGAAGCCCAAGAAGAACGCGACUCCCACGAAGUCAUCGCACAAGGAGCGGGCUCGCGAGGCGCUCGCCAAGUAUGAAGCUCUCGCCGAAAGCGCGAGUGCGGCAUCCCCUAGCAGCGCAACUGCGCGUCGACGGCUGGGCCACCCCAACGCGACGGCAUACAACUUUGCCCCGGUCCAGCCCCCUCCUGGGCAGAGUCGGGCUUUCGACGCCCCGAUAAAAAUUCGAGAGUCCCCGUACCCGGUGUACUGGGUCGAGGUCCUUGACGUUGGACAUCAAAAGUGGCAACCCGUGGACCCCGUCGUACUACACACAUUCUGGAAGCCCAAGGUCUUUGAGCCGCCCAUUACGGACAAGGAAAACUGCCUCUCUUAUGUGGUGGCGUUUGAGGCCGACGGGACGGCCCGAGACGUCACGCGGCGCUACGCGAAGGCAUACACGGCCAAGACACGCAGGCUGCGCGUGGAGAGCGCACGCGACGACGGUGGGCAAUGGUGGCAAAGGGUCAUGAAACUCUACCGACCGAUUAGGCGUACCGACCUCGACCAGAUUGAGGAGACAGAGCUGGCUGCAGUGGAGGCAAGAGAGCCCAUGCCACGCAACGUUCAGGACUUUAAGGAUCACCCUGUAUUUGCGCUGGAACGGCAUCUCCGAAGGCACGAGGUCUUGGUGCCCGAGGCGAGGCCGUCCGGAACGGUCGCAACAGGCAGCCGGGGGCCCUUGGAGAAGAUAUUUCGUCGCAAAGACGUUCGCGUCGCAAAGAGCGCCGACAAGUGGUAUCGCCUUGGUCGGGAGGUCAAGGCGAACGAGAUUCCCGCCAAGUGGCUCCCGAAGAAGGCCCAGCCAGAGAACUCACGAUACGACAAGGAAGACGCGCAGCCUGACGGCGACGUCGUGGGCAUCCCUCUAUACACACAGGAUCAGACGGAACUCUACGAACCACCGCCCGUUCGCAAUGGGCGUGUGCCGAAGAACAAGUUCGGAAAUAUCGAGGUCUACGUGCCCCACAUGGUCCCGCGAGGGGCCGUCCAUAUCAUUCACGAACAUGCCACUCGCGCGGCCAUCAUUCUUGGGGUCGACUUCGCCCCGGCCCUGACGGGGUUCCAAUUUAAGGGCCGACAGGGCACCGCGGUGCUGCACGGCAUCGUCGUGGCGGCCGAGUUCGAAGAAGCAGUGCGGAAUGUCAUUGACGGCUUGGGCGACGUGCAGCAGGAGCUCGAGGACGAGCGCAGGAGGCUUGUCGCGCUCAGGAUGUGGAGGAAGCUCCUCAUGGGCCUGCGGAUCCGUGAGAGGAUCUGGAGUGGCGUAGACGAAGCGGAGAAGCGAGAGGCUGACAGACAGGCGGAGCUGGACGCCGGCGCCGGCGCCAUGGCGGAUGAUGAUGAUGAUGAUGAUGAUGCCGCGGGUGAGAGCGACGCGACGGAGGAGUUUGACAUGAUUGUCAACAACGAUGAGGAUGAUGAUAUGAUGGCAGGUGGGUUUAUCGUGGAGUAGUUGGUGGAUAGAUCCAUCUGAGCACAGGGCCGCACAAGGUUUCAGGCGGGCCGUUCUGCGCCUUGUGUUUCAUGUUUAGCUGGGUGUGCGCCUCGCAAGCUUGUCCGGGAUUUACGCUUUGGUCCUGCCGGCAGUCCCAUUCGAGUCGACGAAUCCUUUUUAUCUCGGCGGAUCGCGGUGGCUCUUGCAGGGAAAAUGGAGAGCGCGCGAUGGAGGCGGAACCUACGAACCGCGGCUCGCUGGUUCAUGUGACGAUAGUACGUAGGUAGUAGUAGAGAGGCAGGGAAAUAGAUGCUUCAUGUGAAGGUUAUAUGAUUGCAGG